GGCCGGUUCCGGCUGAAUGUCAGUGAGGGGCUGUGGGCCGGGGAGGAAGGUGGUUGGCGGUUCCCCUACCACCUCCGCCUCCGCCGCCGCCGCCUCCGCCUCCGCCACCUGGGCUCCCACCGCGAGCGCUGGGCCGCUCGGCUGGUCAGGCAUGAGACCGUGAGGCGAGCGCCGGGCCCGGGCUGCCGACAUGUUUGGCCGCUCGCGGAGCUGGGUGGGCGGGGGCCACGGCAAGUCCUCCCGCAACAUCCACUCCUUGGACCACCUCAAGUAUCUGUACCAUGUGUUGACCAAAAACACCACCGUCACCGAGCAGAACCGGAACCUGUUGGUGGAGACCAUCCGGUCCAUCACCGAGAUCCUGAUCUGGGGAGACCAGAAUGACAGCUCAGUGUUCGACUUCUUCCUGGAGAAGAACAUGUUUGUUUUCUUCCUUAACAUCCUGAGGCAGAAGUCAGGCCGCUACGUGUGCGUGCAGCUGCUGCAGACCUUGAACAUCCUGUUCGAGAACAUCAGUCACGAGACCUCUCUGUAUUACUUGCUGUCAAAUAACUAUGUAAAUUCAAUUAUUGUCCAUAAAUUUGACUUUUCCGAUGAAGAGAUUAUGGCAUAUUAUAUAUCGUUCCUGAAAACACUUUCACUGAAGCUUAACAACCACACUGUCCACUUCUUCUACAAUGAGCACACCAAUGACUUUGCCCUGUACACAGAAGCCAUCAAGUUUUUCAAUCAUCCUGAAAGCAUGGUUCGAAUUGCUGUAAGGACCAUAACUUUGAAUGUCUAUAAAGUGGAUAACCAGGCUAUGCUACACUAUAUCAGAGAUAAAACUGCCGUUCCUUACUUCUCCAACCUGGUCUGGUUCAUCGGGAGCCAUGUGAUCGAACUUGACAACUGUGUGCAGACAGAUGAGGAGCACCGCAAUCGAGGGAAACUGAGCGAUCUGGUAGCUGAGCAUCUGGACCACCUGCACUAUCUCAACGACAUCCUGAUCAUCAACUGUGAGUUCCUCAAUGAUGUGCUCACCGACCACCUGCUCAACCGGCUCUUCCUGCCACUCUACGUGUACUCUCUGGAGAACCCGGACAAGGGAGGAGAACGACCCAAAAUCAGCCUGCCGGUGUCCCUCUAUCUUCUGUCACAGGUCUUCCUCAUUAUACACCAUGCCCCGCUGGUGAACUCGCUCGCUGAAGUCAUUCUGAACGGCGAUCUGUCUGAGACGUAUGCUAAACCUGCACAGGAUGUUCAGAGGAGUUCUGCCAAGCCCAGCAUCCGGUGCUUCAUUAAACCCACCGAGACGCUUGAGCGGUCCCUUGAGAUGAACAAGCACAAGGGCAAGCGGCGGGUGCAAAAAAGACCCAACUACAAAAAUGUUGGGGAGGAAGAAGACGAGGAGAAAGGGCCCCCCGAGGAUGGUCAGGAAGACUCCGAGAAGGCUAAAGGUACAGAGGGUGGUUCAAAAGGCAUGAAGACGAGUGGGGAGCGUGAAGAGAUUGAGAUGGUGAUCAUGGAGCGCAGCAAGCUCUCAGAGCUGGCUGCCGGUACCUCGGUGCAGGAGCAGAACACCACAGACGAGGAGAAGAGCGCCGCGGCGACCUGCUCUGAGAAUGUGCAGUGGAGCAGACCCUUCCUGGAUAUGGUGUACCAUGCGCUGGACAGCCCUGAUGAUGACUACCAUGCCCUCUUCGUGCUCUGCCUCCUGUAUGCCAUGUCUCAUAACAAAGGCAUGGAUCCUGAAAAGCUUGAGCGAAUCCAGCUCCCAGUGCCCAGUGCUGCGGAGAAGACCACCUACAACCAUCUCCUGGCUGAGAGGCUCAUCAGGAUCAUGAAUAAUGCUGCCCAGCCAGAUGGAAAGAUACGGCUGGCCACACUGGAGUUGAGUUGCCUGCUCCUGAAGCAGCAGGUGCUGACCAGCUGUGGCUGCAUCAUCAAGGACGUGCACCUGGCCUGCCUAGAGGGCGCAAGAGAAGAGAGUGUUCACCUUGUACGGCAUUUCUAUAAGGGAGAAGAGAUUUUUUUGGACAUGUUUGAAGAUGAAUACAGGAGCAUGACAAUGAAGCCCAUGAAUGUGGAAUAUCUCAUGAUGGACGCCUCCAUUCUGCUGCCCCCAACGGGCACGCCACUGACAGGCAUUGAUUUUGUGAAGCGGCUGCCAUGUGGAGAUGUGGAAAAGACUCGGCGGGAUAAGGUCUCAGAAGCGGAACUUCUGGUUCAAAGGGCCAUCCGGGUGUUCUUCAUGCUGCGCUCGCUGUCGCUGCAGCUGCGAGGGGAGCCGGAGACACAACUGCCGCUGACUCGGGAAGAGGACCUGAUCAAAACUGAUGAUGUGCUGGAUCUGAAUAACAGUGACUUGAUCGCCUGCACGGUGAUCACCAAAGACGGCGGCAUGGUACAGCGGUUCCUGGCAGUGGAUAUUUACCAGAUGAGUUUGGUGGAGCCUGAUGUAUCCCGGCUUGGCUGGGGAGUGGUCAAGUUUGCAGGCCUUCUACAGGACAUGGAGGUAACUGGGGUGGAGGAUGACAGCCGCGCCCUGAACAUCACCAUCCACAAGCCCGCCUCCAGCCCCCACUCCAAGCCCUUCCCCAUCCUCCAGGCCACCUUCAUCUUCUCAGACCACAUCCGCUGCAUCAUCGCCAGGCAGCGGCUGGCCAAGGGCCGCAUCCAGGCGCGGCGCAUGAAGAUGCAGAGGAUAGCUGCCCUCCUGGACCUCCCCAUCCAGCCAACUACUGAAGUCCUGGGAUUUGGGCUUGGCUCCUCCUCAUCCACCCAGCACCUGCCUUUCCGCUUCUACAACCAGGGCCGGCGUGGCAGCAGUGACCCCACAGUGCAGCGCUCCGUGUUCGCAUCCGUGGACAAGGUGCCAGGCUUCGCCGUGGCCCAGUGCAUCAACCAGCACAGCUCUCCAUCUCUGUCAUCGCCAUCGCCACCGACAGCCAGCGGGAGCCCCAGUGGCAGCAUUAGCCACUGCGACUCCGGGGGCUCCUCCUCCGCACCCUCAGCAGCCCAGAGCCCAUCAGAUGCCCCCAUGACUCCGGAGCAGACUCAGACUUCCCCGUCCGACAAGUUGGUGAUGGGCAAUGACAUGGAAGCAGACCCCAAGUCUGGGAAGAACUUGGCUCGGGGCGCAGAGGCAGAGACUGCACACCUGUCCCCCAGCCUGCUCCCCGCCCCGCAGCCCACCAUCUCCCUGCUCUACGAGGACGCUGCGGACACACUGAGCGUGGAGUCGCUUACCCUGGUCCCUCCGGUGGACCCCCACAGCCUCCGCACUCUGCCUGGUGUCUCCCAGCCCUCCCUGCCAGCUGCGGCCUGCACGGCAGCCCUGAGCCAGGAGGCAGCGGGGGCAGAGGCGGAAGGCCCCGCCAAGCCCUGAGCGGCCCGCCCCGCCUCGUGUGUGGCCAGCGAGCAAGGACCACGGCGGACGGCCAGACACAUGAGAGCCACCCACAUCUCCCAGGAACACCUGCCACCUGUCCCUGCGCUCCCCAACAUCCAGGCGUGGGCUCCCUGUGGAACCCUCUUUUGCUCUGUACCUCAUUGAAGCAGGCUGGGGCCAUAGGGACAGCCCAGUGCGUGCUGAUGACGGUGGGGGGCCACCCCGGGAAGAGGCCCUGCUCCUGGUCCCUGAGCCCGACACCCCACGUGGCAGGACCCACCGGGACCCUCCACCCCCCCCCCUCCCCGGUGGACACAGAAGAACCAGGCAGGAUCGCCUUUGUUAGAAAUGUGUAGAAAGGGAACUUAAGACAAACAUCCCCUUUGGCUAUUUAUUUCUGCUGCCAACAGUAGGUGAAAAGCAUUUAUUUAAGAAGCACCUGUUUGGAGCAAAGAAGUCCAAAAAGAAGAAAAAGCCUCCUCAGCCUAAGGAUGGCGGCAGGGUCGCAGCAGGCUCUCUGCUUUCCUUCCUGGACCUCAGUGUCUGACUUUCAGAGUUUCGGUGUCACUGUCGAUUUUCACAAAGGCUCCUCAUUUCUCUGCACUAACUCUCAGGAGCCUGUGGGAUGGUAACGCUUAGGUUAUUGUAAAAGAGAAGGGCAAGGGUUCUGGAGGCUUCUCUGCAGCCGGUCUCAUUCCCCAAGGGCCAUCUCCCCAGGAGAGGGAGGCCGCAGCUGCUCCCCGCUCUGAACACCAGCCUCCCCAGUUCCAUCUCCAUUUAUUUGAGCUGUGAAGACCGCCCAAGCCAGUGCCUGUGGCUGGAGUUAAAAUCCAGGGGGCCACCUGCAGCCAUGCUUGCUUGCCCACUGCGGCGUGUCCAGGACCCCAGCGGCAAGGCCAGCCUCCCCAAACCACCCACAACUGUCCUUCAUCCGCUGCUGCCACCCCCACUGUAUGGAUCUCCCAGCCCCUCCCGCCCCGGGGAGCUGGCCAGCUCAGCUCCAGGGCCUUCCUCAGCCCCACAUUCACACCUCCCUCCCUUAGCCGCAGGCGUGAUCACCACAGCCUGGCCAGGCAGGUGGACCCUGAAGACGCCUGUGGGAAGAUUGCCCUCCAGCCAGCUUCCCCACAGGGCCCAGACUCAGCCUCCCUAGGAAGCCCAUGGCCUCCUGGAGAGGGAGCAGAAGCCCUCCCGUGGGGCUCCCCACCCAGUCUUCACCCCGCUGAGAAGGAAGGCCACACACAGGCAGAAUCCAUAGCGCCCCGGCCAGCCAGGAUGAGCCUCCACCAUGAGCAUCACCCCGGCCAAGGG